AUGUAUUGCCCAGUCUACGGUUGUAAUAGUGACAGCCAAUACACAAGUGAAAUCCGUUUUUUCCGUUUUCCAAAUGACAAAUCGGUAGAUCAGCAAUACAGGAGAAAAGCGUGGAUUGAAUUCUCUAAGCGCAAAGCAUUUAAACCAUCGUCGUCCACUAGAAUAUGCUCGCUUCAUUUUGCCGAAGAUGCGUAUGAACAAGGACAGUCACCACAGUUUUUAAAACGAAUACAAUGCAAUGAAACGUUCAGAAUACAAUUGAAAAGGGAAGCGUUGUCCACAUUAAAUAAACCAUUGAUAGAUCCAAGCACAAGUAAAACAAGGACUUAUACUGAGAGAAGACAACGAACAAAGGUGAUUUCUGACAAUUAAUGUCUGUGCAAAACAUUUAUUUAUUGAACAAGGGACUUUCAUUUUCAUCCAUUUCCUACCAGUACACACCAAAAAAUGUUCUUUCAUUUAUAGGGCAUCACUGACCUUUUGAAUCCUGAAAGUUCAACAAGUAAAGCAGAUGAAGAAUUCUACUGUACCGUAGAAUUAGACGCAUUGCCUAGUAUAUGUACGUCGGAGCAGACACACGAGCCUGAAAUAUUUUUACAUGAUUCUCUUCUUCGAACAAAAUCAACACAGACAACAUUUAAACCAUUUAAACCUGUGUCAAGAUCGGUUAGAACACAGACAUUAGCCGACGCAACUUCGACGUGUUUUCAAACAUGGAAACCAGUGACAAGAUCAAUCAAGACACAAACGUUGGGAGACACAACUUCGACGUUUUUUCAUACUGAUUCGGAAGCUCGACCAGUAAACGAAGUCGUGGACAAUAUGGCAUACCAGGGAAAAUCCCUUAAUAUUGAGCAGAUCCAGACCAAUUACACUGCUACAACAGCGACAGAAGAAGAC